CGGGUAAAUUCAGUGCGUUCUGCAGAGACCCACGUGAAGGUACCGACUUUAUUCGGUCUCUCUCUUUUCUGAUUCUGUUGCCCACGGUCCCUGAGGGGUGAGCUGCCGGUGAGUGAGGUGAAGGGGCACCGGGUGUAGGACGGCAGGACAGCAUUGUCCUUGCCUCUCAGUUCACAUCGCGCUCCGAGCGAGCGCCCGAUCGUGAUGGAAAACGCAGCGCGCUGGGAGGGAGAAUCAGAGCCGCGGGGCCCGGAGGGACCCCCGAAGAUAUGCAGGAAAAGAUGGGAACUAGAAACCCGCAAAGCUGGGGCACGGGAAGGACUGAAAUCACAGCCCGGGUUCCCGGGACUUAGCGAAUCCCAGCACGGGGUUCUCUGCGGGGCGGUACUGAGGACUCCCCGAUUCUCUCCGAAGCUCCAGCCACACCCCUCGGUAGCCGGGUCGCAGGAAGGAACCAUGGCAAAGGCUGCAGCCACCGGACGCAAUCUUUCCCUAGUUCUGUUCCUUAUCCUUCCACUGAUCUGCCUGGGAUCCUCACAGCCCACCGACACGCACUCUCUUAGUUGCAAAGUCAUUGUCAGAGCUCGUCCGGCACCUCGACAGCCCUGGUAUGAAGUACAGUGCUCACUGGAUGGAGAAUCUUUCCUUCAGUAUGAUAAUGACAACAAAGCCACACCUUUGGGUGACCUGGGAAAGGCAGUACAUGACACUCAAAUGUGGACAGAUUUGAUCCAAAGGCUGGAAUACUUGGGGCAGGAGCUCAGGAAGAAUCUGGCUAACACCAAACAAGAGACAGCUGAGCCCAGUGGUCACCCUACUUUACAGACCAUCAUGAAUUCUAAAUACAAACAAGAACAAAUCAUUGAUGCCUCCUGGCGAUUUAAUAUCAGUGGAAAGUACUUCUUCAUCCUGAACACAAUGAAUAUGAGCUGGACACCAUUAAGUCUUGAAGCCAGAGGUAUCAUGAAUGAUGAACAAUUCAUAAAAGAUCUCAAGGUAAUCUCCACAGCAGACUCCAGCCACUGGCUCAAGGAACUCUUAAAGCACCAGAAGGAAAAGCCAAGACCAACAUCAAGGGCCCCAGAUAUCAUUUAUCUUCCACCUACCAUAGAUGUCACACCUCAUCCAUCUACCAGGCAGUUUCCCAAUAACAAAGAAUCCAUCAUCAUAGCAGUAGUCAUCUCCAUCAUCAUCAUCCUUAUCAUUAUUUUCAUCUGCAUGUGUGUGAAGAGGAAAUGUUGUCCCCAAGGAGAAAUCAGCAGCAGCCCACGAACUGGUCCAUCAACUGCCACAAGCCAUAGAGGAAAGAGAGGCCCAUGGAGCCAAAUGGUGAUGGUCCUUUUCUAUAAGCAAGCAAGCUGAGUAAUCCAUGAGGAACAAUCCAGUAAGCAGCACUCACCCAUGGCCUCUGCACCAGCUCCUGUCUCCAGAUUCCUGCCCUGUUUGAGUCCUGUUCUGACUUACUUCAAGUGAUAAAUAGUAAUUUGAAAAUGGAAGCCAAAUAAACCCUUU